AUGCCGGCCAAUUCCAUCAAAGUAACUGGGAGCUCGAUACCAAAAGGUAUACACUCUUCCUCUAAGAGCCCUUCAAGCCACACCCGCAGCCUGGCGAUCAGUUCCCGCAAAACUAAUCGAAGCAGUGGCGAGGAUGGCAAAACUUCGCUCCGCAACGAGGUCUCUCGACGCGCUCAGGAUCUCAAGAGGGGCCUGGAGGCCGCGAUCCACGUCCUCGACAAUGGGGUUAACCGAACCCCACUUCCGUUGCAUCAGCAACGGACCCUCACGGGGUUGCGCGUGGGUGGAAUGAAGCGCGCGCUCUCUGAAGUCAGCCAGCUCACCAGCGGGAUCUACAACGAACUCGGAAGCUCCUGCUUCCAAUCCUCCUUCUUGAACAGCAGCAGCUCGGGGAACAUCGCGUCGCAUCGAGGGAGCGAGAACGUCAGUCUUUUCCAGUCCUCCGGUGUGAAAAGUAUGGAGAGCAGCAUGAUCGAACUUCCGAGCAUGCGAAGCUCGCUAAGUCUUCCAUCCAUCACGAACGACACUGGGAGCCAGCCUCACAAGGGUCCCAUCCCGCGGCCGAAGGGGAUCGACUUCGAAGGCAACGAAAACGCGAGUUUGUCGAUGAGCACCUCAAAAUACGUGGCGUCAGCGGCGGUGUUUGGUGGGGCGGCCUUUAGUGAAAAAACACUUCCGAUGACCGAGCAAGAACGCCGAGCGUGGGUGAAUGCGAAGACCACCAUCACGCUAUCCGAAACCCCCACCUUUUUCCUCUACGCCCACGCCGACGAGGCGGUAUCGAACGAGGAUAAAGAGGAGGUCGCGAUCGUGCUGGAGCGCAACAAAGCCUUAGAGCGCCUCGAGGAGGCCUACCGACUGGAUGAGAACACCCGUUUUCAAAGCAAAGGAACCAUCACCUUCACGAAACCGAUGAAGUCCAUCCAUUGUGAGGUGAAACCCGUUGUGAUGAAGGAUUCCGGCGCCCUACAGGUGACACCGUGGAUGCUCAAAGACGUCUUUGCGCCUUUGCAGGACGACGACGACGACGUAGAGGAGCACGCGGCCUACUACGGCGGCAAAGACGCCGAGCCGAACUCCGAUGACGAGGAAAAGGAGCUCCUGAACGGGAUGGACACCUCGCCGCCCGGGAGCUCCGGCAACGCGAACCUCAGCGAGCGAACGGAUCCUUCCACGACCUUCACCGGGGCGGCCGGGGUCGCCGAACUCGGCGGCGCCGCCGCCGCGGAUCAGUGGAUGUUGUCGGAAUCGUUGCCAUCCACCCUGCGGGUGAUGGAGCGGGCGGUGGUGCAGAAUAUCAUGGAACGGCUGCAGAUGGCCUAUCGGGGGAUUGAAAUGACGCCGCAGGAAGGGGCUCGACUCCCGCCGAUCACGCGGAGGCGAAGUGCGAUGCCGCCGAAAGGCGGUCGAACCACCUCUGCGUUCGCGGAGCUUCAGUUCGUCGGCGGAUCCCCCGGCUCCACCGCGGUGGACGAGGCCGCCCGGAGGAACCCGACCCCGGGGGAAGGGGUUCCGACAGGGGAGGUGAGCCCCAAAGCGGAGGCCCCGCCGCGCGAUCUCCCGGAGCUUUACCUCUCCGGGGAUAUCACGACGUUGUGGCGGUAUCACUCCCCACUCACACAGGGUCGCAGCGUGAAUUGCAUGGCGUGGAAUCGAAAGCAAACGGACGUCUUGGCGGUCGGCUACGGCGUCCGCCGGGUGAUUCUUCGACGGCAAGACCACGACGACCCGAACGCGAAUCCGACGCCGAAUACGCCGCAUCCUAACACGGCCCCCCUCGGGGCGCGCGAGGAUCGUCGGAAAAGCACCGGCUUUCCCAAAGGCGGGGCCACGACGACGACGAAAAACGGGGGGUUGGUGUGUUUCUGGUCGCUCAAAAACCCUUUGGCGCCGGAGUUGGUGUUGGAGCUGGCGAACGACGUCGAGAUCACCGCCUUGGCGUUUUCCUUUCACCACCCAAGCCUGCUCGCGGUCGGGGAUAGCGCAGGGGGGAUCGUCGUGUAUGACAUCCUGAAGGAUACCGUGGCGCCAUCCAUCGUGCCCGCCGUCUCGACAGGGCUGCACACGGGCGCGGUGUGGGAGUUGAAGUGGGUCCCCGGCGGCAAGGAGCACGGGGAGUUUCUGAUGUCGACCUCCGCGGACGGGCGGGUGGUGCAGUGGGUGGUGGGGAAGGCGGUGGAGCGGGUGGCGCCGGAUUUGAUGCACCUCAAACGACGCCCCGGCGCGCAGGCGGAGUCCGUCUUCGUCGAGGGCGUCGACGCCGCCGACGACGCCGCGGGGUACCGGCGGCGUCGAAAGGCCGCCGAGGACGCGGUCCUCUCCCAUCAAGCCGGGGGCAUGUGUUUUGAUGUCUGCCCGACCGACCACGCCGUCUACCUCGUCGGGACCGAGGAUGGAUCCAUUUUUCAGUGCAAAAAAAGCCAGACGGAGGUGUACGACUUGGAUUACGCGCCCCAUUCGGAGUUGGUCUACCGCAUCGCGUGGUCGCCGUUCAGUAGCAAGUAUUUUUUAACCUGCUCGGCGGACUGGACGACGCGGCUGUAUGAGGUGGGGCAUACCACGCAACGCCUCACCUUCGACAGUGCGAAUCAGGACGCGGUGCAGAACGUGGCGUGGUCGUAUAGCAACGCCUUGGUUUUCGCGACGGUCUCCGGGCAGGGCAAUCUGGAGGUGUGGUCGAUCUUGGAUAACAUCUACCCGCGCGCCACGGUGCAGUUCGAGGAUCGCCGUCGCCUGAAGACGGUGCUUUUUGCGGAGCAGGAGACGCCCGUCAUCCUCGUCGGCGAUGACGCCGGGGACGUGACGGUGUUCUUGCUCAAGAACCCGACCUACGGGCGACAGGACCUAACCGAUGAGGAGCAAGAAAACUGGCUAGACGAGGCCGUUCAAAAGCAGAUCACAUAG